AUGCCUCCCAAAAGGAAGAGCCAGGGACCGGCUGCAGGGGCGGCCGCGGGCCGUGCCCGGGGCUGGCUGCCGGGCCUGCCGUCGCCGGCGCUGUGCUGCGCCUGCGGUCUGUGCGCGCUGCUGGCCGGCGUGAACGUGACGCUGGUGGGCGCCUUCGCCUCCUUCCUGCCCAGGUACAACGCACCGUUGAUCGUGGGGCCGACGCUGCUGGUGGUGGCGUUUGGCUUCUUCGCUGCCUGCUGCGCGUGUAGCCGCCGGGGCCCCGCGUCCCGCCCGCGCUCGGCGGCAACCAAGGGCCUGGGCCAGGGCGGUGGCGACACUGGACCGGUGGCGCUGGAGAUGGAGAGCAGCGAGCGCACGGCGCAGGACACCACGGCCGUGCAGCUCAGCCCCGCCGCCUCGGCCGCGUCCUCUGGCCGCUCCAGCCCAGGCCCGGGCCCAGGCCCCUUCGCCCUGGACGCCCCGGCACCUGCAGCCACCUACGCGACGCGCACGAACGGGGUCCGGCUCAAUCUGCCCCGGGAGCGCGCCGCCCCCUAG